AUGCUUGAUGAGACUAAUGUUUUAGUCAAGACUUUCAGGAGAAUUCGACAAGAAUUGCAUCAAUCAUCCACUCCGAAUCUUCGACUUAGGAUAUUUGGGAUGGAAAGCAGGAAUCGUCAAUAUGAUUUGCCAACAAGUGAUGAUGUAGCUGGCCUCAAACGAAUCUCAAGUGUCAACCCAAAAUUCGAGGCGCUUCACUUUCCACUGCUUUUCCCAUACGGCGAAGAUGGAUAUCAUCCUUUGAUACCAUAUAAUUCUAGGUACUGUUCGGUUUCAGCUAAGCGAAGGUUUGUAACUCAAAGGGAGUAUUAUGCAUUUCGGUUGCAGUACCGCAUGAAUGAAGGUCAUACAUUGAUAAAAAGUGGGAAAGCUCUUCAGCAUUACUGUGUUGAUGCCUUUUCUACUAUUGAGCUUAACCGACUUGCUUUUCUGAGAAGCAACCAAAAGGAACUUCGCGCUGAAGUUUACCAGGCUGAUAAGCUUGGACAUGUUAUCAUACCUUCUUCAUAUACAGGUGGCCCAAGAUACAUGCAACAAUUAUAUUAUGAUGCAAUGGCUACAUGUCAGUUCUUUGGAAAUCCAGAUUUAUUUGUUACCUUCACAUACAAACCAAUGGUGGUUUGCCGGGUAUUUCAUAUAAAACUUAUGAAGCUGAUUGAUGCAAUCAAACAAGGAAACUAUUUUGGCAAGACUAUAGCAUCAGAAAUUCCCGAUCCCCAUCUCGAUCCUAUUGGAUAUGAAACAGUUGUUAGGCUAAUGCUUCAUGGACCGUGUGGAAGUGCAAAUCCAGCAGCACCUUGCAUGAAGGAUGGAAAGUGUUCUAAAUUCUUUCCGAAGGAAUUUAGUUCAGAAACUGUGUUUGAUAAGUUUGGAAAUGCCAUCUAUAGACGUAGAGACUCUGGGAUUCAGGUGAAAAAGGGCAAUGCAGUUCUGGACAAUAGGCAUGUUGUUCCUUACAAUAGGAAUUUGUUGGUUAUGAUGCAGGCUCACAUUAACGUCGAGAUUUGUCAUAAAGGGGGCUUAAUCAAAUACUUAUUCAAGUAUUUGACCAAAGGACCAGAUAGACAGUCAAGUGUUCGCAGCGUGCUCAGAAAUCCAAGGUCUGGAAAAACACAUCUCACGCAAUGGUUUGCUCUGAAUCGAAGGGAUCCGAAGGCAAGAAAGUUGACUUAUGCACAAAUACCAAAUUCGUAUACAUGGAACGAAAAUGAUAAUGAAUGGACUCCACGGAAAAAAGGAUUUGCGAUAGGCAGAAUUGCAUAUGUGCCUCCAGGAAGUGGUGAUGUCUUUUUCCUUAGACUUAUGCUGACAAAGAUUCAUGGACCAACAAGAUACGUUGCUUUAAGAACUGUUAAGGGAGAGGUCUGCCCUAGCUAUGAAAAAGCAUGUGAGAAACUAGGAUUGUUGUCUGACUCUUCAGAAUGGGUUAGAGUUUUUCAAGAAAUAUCAGCUUCCAGCAUGCCAAAUUUAAUAAGGAGUACAUUUGUAUGUAUGCUGAUGUUUUGUGAGGUUCCAAACCCUAUUGAAUUGUUUGAGUCAAGCUGGAAAUUCAUGGCUGAAGACCAUGCUUAUUCUCUAAGAAAACAGUUCCAUUCGACAGCUUUUCAGCCUUCUGAAGAGAGGCUGCGUAAUUGGGUCCUUCGUCAGUUACAAGCUUUGCUGGGAUCUCAUUCAUCAUCAUUGGCCCAAUUUAACCUUCCACAGCCAACAGACUUAGGAGUAGAUGAUGGAUCAAACUCUUUACUUAGAGAUCACUUGAGUUUUGAUGUUUUGCAGCAACAAACACUUUCAGAUACACUGCUGCAGUCACUAAACAUGGAUCAAUUCGAGGCCUAUUCAGCAAUUAUGGUUUCAAUCCAUGGAAAUUUGGGUCGUUCCUUCUUUUUGUAUGGUCAUGGAGGCACCGGGAAGACUUUCUUAUAUAACACCGUCAUUGCAAAAUUAAAAAGUCUCUCAAAAGUUGUCAUUGUUGUGGCUUCAUCUGGCAUUGCAGCAACCCUCUUACCGAAUGCUACCACAGCGCAUUCGAGAUUCAAAAUUCCGCUUCACUUGGAUGGCACAUCCACCUGCUCAAUCAAAAAAGGAACCCACCUGGCAGAACUUAUACAAGAAGCAUCACUAAUUGUUUGGGAUGAAGCACUAAUGACACACAGACAAGCGUUUGAGGCCAUGAAUAGAACCUUUUGUGAUCUCAUGAACAUACCUCUGAUAGGACCAGGACAUAAGUUGUUUGGGGGGAAAACAGUCCUGCUUGGGGGUGAUUUCAGGCAGACUUUACCUGUAAUUCCAGAAUCUGGUCGCGAGCAAACAGUUGACGGCUCGCUCACUAGGUCUGACAUAUGGAGCUCCUUUACUUUGCUCAGGUUAUCGAGAAACAUGAGGAUUGAUAACUCAGCAGCAAAUGAAGCUAUUAUUGGGAACAAAUAUACAUUUGGAGAAUGGGUUCUUGCACUUGGUGAUGGGAAGCUGCCUACCAAACGUUUCAAAGAGGACACACCAUCUGAUUGGAUUGAAAUUCCUUAUUUGUUUUUGGUUCAGCUAAGUGUUGACCCAAUCUCCUCUAUUGCAGCAGAAAUAUAUGGUUCCUUCACUGAAAGCUACAGAGACACAAAGUAUCUGACCUGUAGGGCAUUUGUUACCCCUACAAAUGCAAUUGUUACCCGGGACUGGUUCGUUCUUAUUAUAGCUCAGAUUCUAUGCAGAGUGAUACAGAAACACCGGAGUCAUUUAAUGAAACAUACCCAACUGAAUUUCUGA